GAGCAGCGUCGUAAUCUGAGCCAUUCGCCUGCAUGGCUCUGCGUCUCAUCCAAUGGGAGUUGUUAGAGUGUCUUUCGUUUCUGUAUACAGACAAAGGUAGAAUUAAUGUAUGUGUUCUAAAAGCAACCGAGUCAGAGGGAAAGGGGGAUCAGGGAAAGAGUGCAGAUAGGUAGGAACUUUAAUGAUCUCCUUUAUUUCCAAGCUUCCUUGAUAUUUUCUGAAUUCCAACAUGAGUGACUAAUAUUCCAAAUUAACUUUCGCCCAAUAGUGAGGCACUGCCAAUAAAGAAAUAGUUUGUUCACAACUCUGAUUGAUAAUGCAGCCUGUAGGACAAUUGACAUUACUGUAAAUAAAUGUAUAAAUCUCAGCAGUGGCCACAACGGGCAGUACAGUGUCCCUUGAAUUGCAAGAGUAUAUAAACUUUAACAUACCCGAUUAACAAAAUGUUCCACUUGGCCUGCUUUUCCCUUCCAGUGGCAUAAAGAGAGAUUUUGCAGACAGUCAUUAGGUUUAAAUACCUGGUACAGUGAUCCCUUUUAAGCCUCUCCCACAGGUUUUGUUAAAAGGCAAGCUUACCUGUGCCUUGCUUUAAAGACACAGACAAUAUUCCUACAGUUUCAUUGUUCAUGACCUGGUCUGGACUUUUUAGGGUUUUAAUAAUAAUGAUGUUGAUGUUGAUAUGGCAUAUAGUGACUGGGCUUAAUCCUACGUAGGACUCCAUCUUGUACCUAAUUCUAUACCUCUGAAAACAGUGAGGCUGGCAAGAUUGGAGCUACCCAUUGCCAAAGUAGAAAAACAGAAGAAAGGAACGAACCUGUGACCCCGUCUCCCAUCAACCCCAGACAGCAGGGAUGAUGGUCAGGGAUGUUGGAAAGUAUAGUCCAACAGUAUCUGGAGGACCACAAUUUCCCCAUCUCUGCCGUAAACUGAUUAGGACAUAUUGCUGUUUUCAGGUUGACAAAGAAGGGAUUUGGACCCUCCAUUGCUAUAGGGAAUCACCAUGUGGCACAGGAUCUACAGUACGGGUGGGAAGAGGUAGGUCGUUCUAUGUCAUUAACAGCACGUGCAUCCCGUGCCCAUAUCUUCAGAUGUGGAGGGUGUGACCCCGUGAAGGCAGGGCCUUUUUGGUGGAGACUCCUCAGUUGUGGAAUAGGUUCUCCAGGGAUCUUGGCUGCCACCUAGCAUGUGACCUUUUGAGCACAGACUGAAGGCAAUUUUAUUCUCUCAAGCUUUUAAUCAGUGAUGUACAAUUGACUCCUGCGUUUGCUAUUUCGCUCUUUUUAUUGCUUACUUUUAUGGUGGAUAUUGCCGUUUGGCUUCAGCUUUCAAUGUCACUUUCUAGCUCAAUGUUAAUUGUUGAUAUUAAACCUUUAUUCGUAGGAGGCUUGGGCGCCACUUAAAUUGCAACAUGGGAUAAAACUUUAAAAUAUUUAAAUCACUAAUACAUAGUUCUUUAAUCUGGUAUUAUUUCCAUUUAAAGGACCGAUAGAUUAAUCUUGGAGUGUCUGAAAAUGGAACAUUGCGUGUUGUUUGAUUUGCAAGUUGAUUUGCAGUUUCUUUAACAGUAUGUAGAUUAGGACUAUACAGCCUUAAAAUCACACUUUUGAACUCUGAAACUAAAUGUCUCUUAGCUCUGGCCUUGAAUCUGAGGUAUGAAGGGAUUGUUUAGGCCAUAACAAGGGGUGUCUCUAAAUUUCCCACCAGAAAUCCUGCUUUUAGUGUUGGCAGUUCCAGUCCUCUGGAAUAGGCAUCUACUGCAGAAGUUGAUUUUGCUUAAGAAGGCUGCCCCAAAGUGUGAAAUAUUAGGAAAUAUUAAUUGAACAUUUGUAUGAAUUGGUUUGUUGUUUUUAGAGUUUGUUGAAAUGGGUUUAAUUGUUUUUAGAAAUUGUGUUUUCUGUACAGGCAACCCCUGAUUUGUGUGGGGGUUGCAUUCUAGGUCAUUGUGUGUGACAGGGGAAGGUGUAUAAGCCUGGUCUACCCCACCCCACCCCAAGUUUUGCCCCCUUUUCUAGCCACUUCCGGGUCAUCAUGAUGUGCACAGUUGCGCACAUAUCGAACGCAUGUCAAUCGGUCAUUGCCUGCAUUUUGUUUUUAUCUUGUUUUGCAUCACUUUGAUGGCCUCAGGCUGCAACACGGUUUAUAGACUCCUAAGAUCAUUACAUCCAGGGUCUGAAAUUAAGUACUUGCACCUCUAGUGAGAAUCGGGCUCCCCACUAUUUCAUUAGUUAUGGAAAAACAAAUUAUGUAUUGAAGAAUGUAUUAAGUAUGCAUUAGGUAUAAUGUAUGGUUUUUGCCAGUGAAUAUAAUAAUGUAUAAUCUAUAGAUUAAGCUAACAUGGAAGGGGUAACCCAAACUUGAUUGCAACCUGAGAAUCCAGGCUGUAGGUAUUUUUAGCUGAAGAUGGCGCAAACAUCCUCUUUAAUUAUCUGUAACAAAAUCUCCUAAUCCUGUAUCCUCAGGAGAUGAUGAGCAGUCAUCAGUUAACCCCAUUUAAUAUACAGCUGUUUGAAAUGAGAGGAAGUCUGUGUAGUCAAGCAUUUUCAGCACAGUGAAAUUGAGUAAAAAAAAGGUAAUAUAAACCUGUCGAAGAAAAUAUCAGGAAAAGUAAGUGCUAGGAUGAUGGGGGCCUACAGGAAACAGAUUGAAUUAUUUACACACAUAGAAUGAUAAUGCAGUAAAUAUAUCCGGAAAGCCGUGGCUUAUCCUUUAUACACGGCAGGUUCCAAUUAACCUACAGCCUGUGAACAUCCAAAUCCAUUAUAUUCAGAGUUUAGGAAAGAGAAUGUAAUUGAUUUAAUGGUAACUUAAUGGCACACAAUUUUAUACCAUAUUAACAACAAUUAGAUUUUUUCUCUCCUCCUGUUAUGGGAUGGCAACUGUGGAGCAGUAGUACCACUGCUUCUGUGUGUUUUUAAAAAUUCUGUCAGGGCUUUUUUUGGUGGGGGGGUGAGGGAAAGGAUUUGUACAACUCAAUCCUUCUCCAUACUGAACGUUUAAGACAAGUACCAUCUCAUAUUGGGUUGGAUUCUGACAAAAGCUGCAGUCUGACCUAAGCCCCCUGAAGUGCCACCGAACCCAGGAGGACUUACUUCCGAGUAGACAUGGUUGGGAUUGCACUUGUUCUCCACUGAAAUCAAUGGGAUGUAAGUAAUGACCAAUGCAGGUUCAACUAAGUUAGGAUUUAAUUACCUAUUGACAAAUCCAGGUUGCGCAAUUAAGGUAGAUUUAAAGCUCUUACACAACAAACCCACUUCCCCCUCCCAUACUCAUAGCUGUCAACAUUUCCCUUUUUCAAAGGGAAAUUCCCUUAUUCUGAAUAGGAUUCCUUGCAAGAAAAGGGAAAAGUUGACAGCUAUGCCCAUACUGGAUGGGGAAAUGCGCUUGAAAGUGCGAGGGAACACCUGAUGCAAUGCUGUCUACCCUCUCCACAAGCAGAUCAGCACAAAUGAUCCAUAAAUAACAGCCAACGUUGCUGAACAGCAACUUCAGGCAAACAAACAAUCCUUCAGGAUCUAUCCUUCCAGUGAGCACUCAGGGCUGUUUUCCUUAAGAAUGGAUAGGUUUGAUCUUCUUGCAGUCUAUGGGACUCUCAAGAGUCUCCAUAAUAAUAUAUGUAUACCCCACCCAUCUGGCUGGGUUUCCUCAGCCACUCUGGGCGACUCCCAACAGAAUAUUAAAUAUCAUCAACGAUAAAACAUCUAACAUUAAAAACUUCCCUGAACAGGGCUGUCUUCAGAUGUCUUCUAAAAGUCAGAUAGUUGUUUAUUUCCCUGACAUCUGAUGGGAGGGCGUUCCACAGGGCAGGUGCCAUUACCGAGAAGGCCCUCUGCCUGGUUCCCUGUAACCUCCCUUCUCACAGUGAAGGAACCGCCAGAAGGCCCUUGGUGCCGGACCUCAGUGUCCGGGCUGAACGAUGGGGGUGGAGACGCUCCUUCACGUAUACUCCUUCAGAUUCACCUUAGCGCUAUGCUUCUCAGUUUCACAAGUACUUCAUCUUGGGGGGGGGGUCUAAGAACCAUGGAUUUAAUGUGCCCCCACUCUGGCCUCCGGCUCCUUGGAGUGCUCACUAGAGACUGCUCCCCGUCACCAGGCCAAACCUCUGACCAACUUUGCUCCAAGUCCCCUAUGAUUCCUUUUGGCUGGCUGGAAUGUGUCCUCAAAUUUGAUCUGCUUCUAGUUUUUGAGGAUGAAGGAUGAAUCUGUGUGUUUGUGUUCGUAGAAACCUCUGACUUUUGAAUGGCAAGGAAGUUGCAUCCAUUGCCCUGCCCAUGCUUGCAUCUGGCUGCACCCAUCUUUGACUUCUGGCCAUGCGCGUUACUGAAGGGAUUGCUGCACUCCUACCUUGGCUGCAUUCACACCAUAAAUAUAAAGCACUACAGUACCACUUUAAAAAAUCAUAGGAUCAUCUAGUCCAACCCCCUGCCAUGCAGGAAUCUCAGCUAAAGCAUCCAUGACAGAUGGCCACCCAGUCAUGGCUUCCCGCAAAGAAUCCUGGGAGCUGUAGUUAGUUUGAGGUGCUGAGAGUUGCUAGCAGAUCCCUCUCCUCAGAGCUAACAUUCCCACCCAGAGAGGUUUAACAAUCAAUCCUUCGUCACAGGGAACUCUGUGAGGGAGAAGGAAUACUUUGUUCUGUCUUUCUUUCGUCUUUCUCCAAACUGGAUGCCAUUGCCUCUUGCUUUUAUUCAUUUCACAGUAUUUCUGCUUUCAUUUAGAUGUAAAUAAAUAAUGCCUUGGGUUAGAAAAAUAUAAAUUUAUUUUGCAGAACUAUUUGUGGUUGCUUUUCUAAAUUUUUUCAUUAUUAUUAUUACUAUAGCAAGUAAUACCCUGCCAUCUAGUGGAGAAAAGAACCACCCAGUUUUACAUGCCUGAUGAUGCCGGAUAUAUGAAUUCCCUUCACCUUUAAUACACAGAAAUCAAUCCUUAUGAUUAGGAGUUAACAUCAUGCUCAUGCAUUCACUUAGAUUCAUGCCUGCGAUCAAUAAAUUUGGAUAGAAAAUCUCAGGCUAACGCUAGUUUGAUGCCAGUACUUAUUCUCAGCUUAAAUCUAUGUAACAUCGACUAUUUAAAAUGGCAACUUUUAUAUUAUUUUAAUAUUCUGUGCAUUUCAUUGAAGAAGAAGAAACACAGCAAGAGCAGAAAAUGGAACUCUGAGGACAGGCUGACUGUCAUAAAGGCUAACUAUUAUUUGUAUCUCAUCCUUUUGACUUGCAGACUUGUUAUGUGAUGUGUUAGCGGAUGUGUCCAUCUUGCUCCUAGAAAUGUUUUUUGUCUUUAGCGUUUCUUUGCUUGCGGCAAAUUGGUUGCCCUAUAUUUCCUCGAAGUUUUGCAUGUCACUGAUCAUCGAUACAGGGGAUUUGUGGUGAUGUGCAGAAUUUGUGAUAUCUUCUCCAGAUACAACUGGAGAGGAAGGGGAUGUUCAAUCCAUUGUGUGCAUGGAAGGAUGUGCUGGGUACAAAUGAUGAUGAUGUACAACCAGUGCUUUUUUUCUGGGGGUACACAGGGGUACGCAUACCCCUAAACAUUUGUGAAUCUAAGUUUGGCCUCAUUGAGGGGCAGUAUUUCAAUAUGAGUAGGAAGAUGAAAGUAUCCCUAAACAUAUUUUUUUUAGAAUAAAAGCACUGGAUACAACACUUCUUCCAAAAGCAGUCAAGGGCUGUGCACAACAAUAAUCAAAACAUCUAAGUGUUACAAAACUAAAACAAUAUAGUACCACAGCAUGGUACUAGAACUGCUAGAUUCAGACCAUGUAUUCGUUGGCAUUUGGUGUGUGGGUGUGUGGGUGUGUGGGUGUGUGUGUACACACACACACACACACACACACACACAUAUAUAUACAUGGUGGAAUCUCGGGCUACAUACCGUCCUCCUUACGAACGCUUCAGGUAACGAGCUGUGCUAAGUAGGUGUUCCGGGUAGCAAACUUUGCCCUGGGAUGCAAGCGGAAGUCGCGCGGCACCAGGAGGCCCCAUUAGUGAAAGUGUGCCUCAGGUUAAGAACAGACCUCUGGAACGAAUUAAGUUUUUAAACAGAGGUACCAGUGUGUGUGUGUGUUGAGACUGCAGACUGAAAGAAUAAAGAAACUUAUGGUUUAUUACCAAUGGCAAGCAAAGCCAUUGUGAGUACAAGCUUAUAUGUGGCCAUCAUGGAGUCAUAACAAAAGACAGAACACUAACUGACUGAGGGAGGAGGAGAAAGGAAGUAAAGCCUGAGAGAAAACAAAUCUGCAGGUAGUUGCUUGAUCAGCGAGGGAUGAAAAGGUUGCCUUUCUGUUUAUUGCCUUCUGCUGGUUCAGAUAACUUACUGCAAGUGUUGCUACUCCCAACAGUACUGGCCCUUUUCUAUCUGCUGUUCCUGGAGACAGGACUAGUUUCCCAUAUUUUAAAACUGGAUCCAUUGGCCAUAAAUUGUGGAGUACUACUCAAGUACAAAGGAACCAACUUGGCAAAAGGUAUACCAUACCCUCCAAAAUUUUCUGAUGAAAUGGGGACGUCCUAUUCCAUAAUAAUAAUUUUACUAUUUGUACCCUGCCUAUCUGACUGGAUUGCCCCAGUCACUCUGGGCAGCUUCCAACACAUAUAUUAUACAAACAUUAAACAUUAAAUAACUUCCCUAUAUGGGGCUGCCUUCAGAUGUUACGGACAACUGUAUAACCUCCAACAUUUAUCCGAUGUAAAUAGGGAUGUCCUAAGGAAAAGCGGGACAUUCAGAAAGUGGGACGGCUUCUGUAAAUCCGAGAUUGUCCCUGGAAAAUAGUGACACUCGGAGAGUCUGUUACAUGGGAGAGAGCUUGUCCUAUAAGAACAGGAAUAAAAAGACUGUCUUUAUGCUGGUUCUCUCUCAAUGGCCUGUUUCAUCUUGUUCGUUUUCCCUCAGUUUCAUUUCCCUCAAUGAACUUUUCUGUUUCCUAGCAUUUGAAAAAAUAGCCUUGAACUGGUGUAGCUUGUUUCUAGGUUUCAAGCUCAUUUUAUACAGCCAAGAGAGGCACUCUUUUCAGGGUUGUUUUUCCCCUCUUUUUUGAAUUUUGAAUGACGUCCUGAGGCAAGAAUUGUCCUGUUUCUUAGCAACCCAGAUGGGUUGAAUACAUUUAUGCAUUCAAACCUCUUUGUAUAACAAAAAAGAAAGAAAAAAGAAGAGCACAAACAUCUCCCAGAACAAACAUUGCUGUUAUGAGACUCUCCUCUCUCUCUGUGUGUGUGCUUGCUUUGCUCUAACCAGGGCUGCAAAGGGGAAAAUGUGAUCCGGCAUGAAACACUUGGGAAAGGACUUGGCUUUAGAGAGGGUGAGUAGAAUCUCCUUGCUUCUUCAGCUCUGUCUCCUUUAUAAGGGUUGCAGUUUUACCGUUAUUAAUAACUAGGGCAACACUUAAAAUAAUUGUGAUGGCAUCAGGGAGAACUGUGUAUAUAGCCAGAGGAGAUUUCAAAAGUUCUCACCACAAUUUCUAAAAAAUGCAAGUUUGUAUUUCACAGCCUACUGUUGGAAAAACGAAAUCCCAACACCUACUCCAUGCCAAGUUCAGGGUUCCUGGGCUGAUGUACAAAUCCCAGAACAACUUAGGUCCAGGAUAGCUUAAUAUAAAGCUCAAACACUGUCAUCAUCUGGAGGAGUGCAGUUAAUUGUACCCGCCUCCCACUCCUCCCUGUAGCAGAGGCCCACCUGGAGGAACUAGAGGCUGGACAUUUAGGGUUGCUGAUCCCAUGCUUUGGAACACCUUCCAAGAGAGAUUCACUAAGCAUCCUUGCUACUGACUUUCAGGUGUCCCUUGCAGACUUGUUUAGCUGACAGGCCUUUGCACCUGUCUGGUUUUUAUUUUUGCUUAGCCAGUCACCUUAAAUAUUAACUUUUAACAGUGGCCACAUGACCUGGAAGCUGUACGCCGGCUCCCUCGGCCAAUAAAGCGAUAUGAGCGCCGCAACCCCAGAGUCGGUCACGACUGGACCUAAUGGUCAGGGGUCCCUUUACCUUUACCUUUAACCGUGUACACCGCCUUGAUAUCUUGGCAGUACAGAUAUACUUCUAUAAAGGCAUAAAUAUCUGGCUGUGAAUAUAUCAGCAUAUGGGAAUACAAGCUAGCUAUUGAUUGCAUUUUUCCUUCAGGGAAGGAACUUUUUUUGUUUUGUUUUGCAUUCUUGUUGGGUGGGGAGUAAAUGUAUGUGGUGGUGUUUUGCUGGGUACCAUGUAUUGCCUGAGCACAACUUAGUACAGUGGUACCUCAGGUUACAUACGCUUCAGGUUACAGAUGCUUCAGGUUACAGACUCCGCUAACCCAGAAAUAGUACCUCACGUUAAGAACUUUGCUUCAGGAUGAGAACAGAAAUUGUGCUCCGGCAGCGCGGCGGCAGCAGGAGGGCCCAUUAGCUAAAGUGGUGCUUCAGGUUAAGAACAGUUUCAGGUUAAGAACCGACUUCUGGAACGAAUUAAGUUCUUAACCCAAGGUACCACUGUAAUCAGUUACAUUCAGAAUGAAAAAGCGCUUUAUAUGCAUUAUAACACUGUGACACCAGAUGGCACUGUGGAGUCCCAUCUUUCACAAACACGAUUUCCCUUUAUGAAGUUUACAACGUGUUUAACUGAAACACUUUAUUGAUGUGUCUCAGUCCAGACCUAGCCAGUUUUUUUCGAUGGUGACUUCUUCUGUCUGCCCAAAGGAAGCGAUGCAGUGGGCGUAUUUUCAUGGAUUGUUGCUGUUGUUUCUAAACAGCUGUUUUCUGCAGAAUUGUAUUAAAAAUAAAUUUGUAUGAUAAAUCAGUAAUAAUCGAAGUCUUUCUUCUUAUUCCUCUUCCUCUUUACCUCUUUACCUUGUUUAGGCAUAGAGCGGCGAGUGCAGAAUGUUCCCCAAUAUCCAUGCUGGGAACCAAUCGAAGUGUACUUUCGAUUUGAAGGGGAGAUUUGCUACGAACCUGGAGCUAGCCUUACAACGAGAUCGAGUCAAUGAGUCUCAGCCACUCACAGCCCCUCUGGAAAAGGAUAGCUGCCUAAAACAACCUCCUGAUUUCAGCUACAGGCUUUAUAUCACCCGAGGCCUUCUCAGGAAGCCGCGAGGAAAGUCGAAAGAGCUGAAAAAGAAAUCGCCCCCAAGCACGGUGCAGGAAGAGUUGCAGAGGAUAAGGUCCAAUUUAUUUUUCUCCAUCGUGGAACGCGAACAGGAGCCCAAGAUCAUCACAAGGUUUCCCCACAUGGGUCCCUACGAAGCCCAGCUAAUGUUUGUGAAGAUGGGAAAGUUCAAGAGCAGCAAAUACCAAGAUCCAAAACCAUUUGACUAUAGACAGGUAAAGGGAAGGAUGAAUUGAGAUAGAGGCAACUGGAAAAGGGUGGCCUUUGGUGGGGAUGGGGAUCGAGGCAAUGCACUGCACCAGGUGUGGGUAGACUACAAAGCUUCUGGAAUCUACUUUGUGCUGCCCCAGAUGUAUUGGGACAUUUAUGCACAAUCUCACUUUCAAUACCAUUUACACAGUUUUGGGGUGGACAUACCGCUUUGUUUCCUGUCAAUGCAUGUCCCAUGACUUCUUGCUUAAAACAUUUAACUUUUCAUACUACAAAUGUUCCAGGUUUGUUUGAUUGCUUUCCUGCUUUCAUUGUGCUGCAGCGCAAGACUGUCCCUCCAGACAGCAAUAACGUAGUAACUAACAUCAGGGAAGCGUCACAGAGCAACUAAUAAAGCAAAAUGACCUGUGGAUGGUCCACAGCAUAAAUCUACCACAAAUGCAUUAUUAUUGUGUUAAUGGCAUGUUGCAGAAUAACCUGCAAACAACAACAACCAGCCAAGACGGACUGUUUGGGGUGGUUUAUUUAUUUAUUUGUUUUAACUAUACGGUAGUACCUCGGUUCAUGAACACCUUGCGAGUUGAACGUUUUGGCUCCUGAACGCCGCAAAGCCAGAAGUGAGUGUUCUGGUUGGCGAAGGUUCUUUGGAACCCGAACGUCCAACAUGGCUUCCACUGCUUCCGACUGGUUGCAGGAGCUUCCUACAGCCAAUCAGAAGCCGCGCCUUGAUUUCCGAACGUUUGACUUCCGAGGUACCACUGGAGUUCUAAGAUCUACAAGUUGGAGCCAAGUCUUUACACAGUGGCUCAGUCAGACAGAUGUACAUAUAGAAUUGAAAAAGGCUAAAGGGUACUUCUGAGAACAUGCUCGGCCCAGAAAUUUGCUUUUCUCACCAGGGUGGGUUUCGCACAGAAAUUCAAUCCUGGUCUGCCCCCCACAAGUUUUCUUCAUUUCAGCAGUGAGAGAGGCACAUAUUUUCAUUUGAUGCUUUUCUUAAGGAGCCAGACGUCAGAAACCCUUGCAGUCUAACUCAACUCACCUAGAAAUCUACCAUUAAAGCUUAGCUUUCCUUCUGCCUUUACACAUAGGGAUUGGGGGGACUUGAUUCCAUUCUCCUCGAAAGGUGAACCUACCUAAUUCACACUUCCUGAAAUAAUACUUGAAUCAAAAUACAGCAAUCCUUUGAAAUUUGCAUUUCUCCAAAUUUUGCAGUGUGCUUCUCCGGCCAAGAGAUAUGUACAAAAAUGCAUGUACUAGAGGAAAGCACGUAUAUAAAAGCAUGAAAGACAAUAGGAAUACUGCUUUGCAAAAAUGUCAGUAUUGGGCAAAAUUGUAUGCUACAAUGCUGGUGAAUUUUCAUGAGGACUUUAAAAAACCCACCUAAUGUGAAGAACCAAAAUAAAUAUUAGAAAAAUGAGAAAAUGAGAGAACCCUAAAUUGACAGUUUCGCCUAUCCCUACCUACAUAACACAGAAGCUGCAUCAUUUCUGUUUGGUGUGUCUAUAACAGGCAUAGGCAAACUCCAGCCCUCCAGAUGUUUUGGAACUACAAUUCCCAUCAUCCCUAGCUAACAGGACCAGUGGUGAGGGAUGAUGGGAAUUGUAGUCUUAAAACAUCUGGAGGGCCAGAGUUUGCUUAUGCCUGGUCUAUAAAGUGCACACACACCAAGAAACACACACAAGCAACAGAAUUUAGUGUCUCCACAAGAUGGCACUAUUGCAACAAAUGCUUUGGUCAAAUGAAUUCAGUGAUGUGGAUCACAUUUAUCUUUUCCUUAUAGUGUAGUUGGGUUAUGUGGUUCUAUUAGCCUUUGAAAAAUGUCUUUGACGCCUCAGGGCUCUUCAGAAACUUUUUAAACAUUGGGAUCUUCAUCUUCAAUCAUGGUACUCUGUUGGUGACUGGAUUUUUUCAUGAGACUUAAAUUAUUUUAUAGAGGCACAUUAAUGUCCAAUACAGCCAUUUCUGGGGACACGGGUGGCGCUGUGGGUUAAACCACAGAGCCUAGGACUUGCCGAUCAGAAGGUUGGCGGUUUGAAUCCUCGCGAUGGGGUGAGCUCCCAUUGCUCGGUCCCUGCUCCUGCCAAUCUAGCAGUUCGAAAGCACGUCAAAGUGCAAGUAGAUAAAUAGGUACCACUCCGGCAGGAAGGUAAACGCCAUUUCCGUGUGCUGCUCUGGUUCGCCAGAAGCGGCUUAGUCAUGCUGGCCGCAUGACCCGGAAGCUGUACGCCGGCUCCCUCAGCCAGUAAAGCGAGAUGAGCGCUGAAACCCCAGAGUCGGUCACAACUGGACCUAAUGGUCAGGAGUCCCUUUACCUUCACCUUACAGCCAUUUCUAAUGCAUUUCAUUGUAUUUCUCCAUUCAGCCACAACACAAAUUAACAGGUUAACCCUCCCUGUGGUAUUAAAAAAAAAAUCAAUAUCAUUACUUUUAUCGCACCGAACAUUUACGGUUGCAACUAGGACAGGAGGCCUUUCCACCUGGUCCUCAGGACUCUUCCUAGGCCUCAUCCCUUCCCAGGCCAAACCCCUCACUGGAUCUGCACCCUUCUUGAGUAUUUUGCCUGGAAGAUGCAAAGAGGUGUAGGGCAGUUCUGAGCUAGAUGGACCAAUGGUCUUCCUCAACAGAAGGCAGCUUCCUAUGUCCCUAUGAGUGUUUCUGGCUGGCUGGAAUAUGUUCUUCAGCCCUUACUUCAAUGAAGGACAGAGAAGGGUGCAUGAGUACAUGUAGGAAAUAGCCUACCAUACAAAGGUAAACUUUAGAUUGGUUGCUCUCCUACUUUUCCCUCUCAUCUCAUGUACCACUAGCAUGCAGCAGGUUGCUUAAAAGGAAAUGUGGCCCCAGACAGAAAUUGGUCCUCAGACCUGACUUAAAAGAUUUUUCAUUGAAAGACGGCCCUGCUUAUGCGGUCACAUGUGAACCUUAUGAUGUUAACAAAGGGCAGGUGUUUACUAGCAGAACCGGUUAAGAAUGUGUAUACGGAGAUGAUUAUCUGAGGUGCUUUGAAAAGCUAAGAUUAGCAUUUCUGUACUAAACUUACUGGAUAAUUUAUUCCUGCCUUAAACCAGGAAGUGACUGUAUAUUAUUAACGACAGCUGUGUGUCUUCUGUUGACUUUUGAGAGCCUCAGAAGUUUACAAAUCAGUUUUAUUGAUGUUAGCUGAGCAGUUUAACAACUGAGUAUGUGGCAAGAAAUGAGCUCUGUCCGGUUCCAGGAUCACUUCUUGUUUGUUUAUUUCUUUUAGAGAAUCUCUACCCUACCGAUGUGGGGAUCCAGGGCACAGUCCUUCAAUGGCUGCGCUCGUUUCUCUCUGGUCGGGGACAGAGGGUGGCGCUUGGGGGGGGAAUUGUCAUCGCCCCACUCCUUGGUGUGUGGAGUACCUCAGGGUGCGAUACUCUCCCCGAUGCUUUUCAACAUCUUUAUGCGCCCCCUCGCCCAGCUUGUCCGGAGUUUUGGGCUGGGUUGCCAUCAGUAUGCUGAUGACACCCAACUCUAUCUGUUGAUGGAUGGCCAUCCUGACUCGGCCCCAGACACACUGACCAGAUGUUUGGAAGCUGUGGCUGGAUGGUUACGUGGGAGCCGGUUGAAGCUAAAUCCUUUGAAGACAGAGGUCCGGUGGCUGGGACGGGACGAUAUGGGAUUGGGGGGGGCAACUCCCAUCUCUUGCGGGGGCGCAAUUAGUGCCAGCACCGUCUGUUAAGAGUUUGGGUGUAAUCUUUGACACCUCCCUUUCCAUGGAGGCGCAGAUUGCAGCUACAACAAAGGUGGCAUUUUUCCAUCUCCGCCAAGCUAAGCAGUUGGCUCCUUACCUCUCUCGCCCUGACCUAGCCACUGUGAUCCAUGCGACGGUCACCUCCAGACUGGAUUAUUGUAACUCGCUCUACGUGGGGCUGCCCUUGAGACUGACCCAGAAACUCCAGCGGGUGCAGAAUGCUGCAGCGAGACUCCUUAUGGGGUCUUUGCUGCGAGAUCACAUUCACCCAGUGCUAUACCAGCUGCACUGGCUCCCGGUGGAGUACAGGAUCAGGUUUAAGGUGCUGGUUUUAACCUUUAAAGCCCUAUACGGCAUAGGACCCUCGUACCUACGGGACCGCCUCUCCUGGUAUGCCCCACAGAUAAACUUACGGUCUUCAAAUAAAAACAUCUUGAAGGUCCCAGGCCACAGAGAAGUUAGGCUGGCCUCAACUAGAGCCAGGGCUUUUUCGGCCGUGGCUCCGAUCUGGUGGAACACUCUGUCACAAGAGACCAGGGCCCUGCGGGACUUGACAUCUUUCCGCAGGGCCUGCAAGACAGAGCUGUUCCACCAGGCCUUUGGCCAGGGCACAGCCUGACUCCCUCCCUCGGCAAUCUUCGCGGAGCUCUGGCCCAAUGGUUGCCAGUGGCUUGAAUUAAUUAAUUUUAUAACGAAUGAUUUUAGACUGUUGUUUAUGCUGUACUUUUGUACUGUUUUAUUGUUGUUAGCCUCCCUGAGCCCGGCUUCGGCUGGGGAGGGCGGGAUAUAAAUAAAAUUUAUUAUUUAUUAUUAUUAUUACCUUGCAAUCUGCUAAAAUAAGUGUCAUUAACCUUUUCGGACCCAUGACCCACUUUUAACCCAAACAUGCAUUUGGAGACCCAUUUCUUAGUCUUUUACCACAUAUCUGCAGUGCUCCUGUUGCCACCCACUUUGAAUCAGGCUGCCACCCACUAGUUGAAGACCACAGUGGUACCUUGGUUUAUGAACUUAAUCCGUUCCAGAAGUCCGUUCUUAAACCAAAAUGUUCUUAAACCAAGGCAUGCUUUCCCAUAGCAGCAGGGGACUUAGUUUACAAAUGGAACACACUCAACAGGAAACAUAACAUGUUCUGCUUCCAAGGCAAAGUUCACAAACCAAAACACCUGCUUCCAGGUUUGCAGUGUUCUUAAUCCAAGUUGUUCAUAAACUAAUUUGUUCUUAAACCAACGUACCACUGUAGUGCCAUAAAAGGACCAUGGUGUGGCCUCAAGACUGAAACACAACAAUACAACCCCCCCCAAAAAACCCCCCACCCUAGUAACAUAAAUAAAUACGGGAUAUAAAUCCAUUAAAAAGCAGCAUGAAAGAAAUGUAGAAAUGAAAGCUCACUUAUUAAAGCUAUGCAUAUUUAAACUGCAUAUUUAAAAUACAUGGCUUCCCAUCCAAAGAAUCCUGGGAGCUGUAGCUUGUGAGUAUGCUGGGAAUUGUCCUAAUGUGAAAGAUAAACUACAGUUCCCAGGAUUCUUUGGGGGAAGUCGUGUGUUUUAAAUGUGUGGUGUAUAUCUAUCUGUAUAGCCUUUGCUUUAAAAGUACAGUGCCACAGCAGGAGGUAAAAAAAACCCUCGACAAACCUAAAAUUUUUUAGAAGCAUGUCAAAAUAAAAUAAAAUAACCCUGUUUGCUAUAUCCACAAGGAAGUCUCUGUGAAUGGGCAGUAAGAAUGACAAGCACCAAAGCAUUGCUCCCAAGUUGUUUGCCAGCAAAUCCAGGUGUUCCCUCUCCAUGUUUUCCCCUAUGCAGUAUGAGCCAGAUAGACCAAAUUUUGUGACCAGCUAUGCCAGAGACCCUCUGAAUCUAAAGUUGAAAUCCCAGUGUUUGAGCAAAGGUAAGUCCUCGAUGAUCUUCAGAAGCAGGUAUGACACCCGUUUCGUGCUUCGUUCAAACAGUAUAGUUUGAACAUCAUGUUCUCUCAGUAAUAAAUUGGAUUGGGAAGCUUGUGUUGUGCUGGGCCUGGGGUGUGGUGUGGGAUGUGGCUCUCAAGACUCUCUCCAGGCUGUGCUUCCUCCUCCUGGUCCUGCUCUGCACCCUCCUUCCUUGGCUGAAAUAUGUCCUUGAAAUCUGAUAAUGCUUCUUACUUACUUGGGUGGAGGAUAGAUAGGGAUGCAUGAGUCGAUAUACUAUAUACUGUCUAGUGGCCUAUGGUAUAAUUGCACUGGAUAGCACAGUUGGUUAGAGCACGGUGCUGAUAAUGCCAAGGUUGCAGGUUCGAUCCCCACAUGAGACAGCUGCCUAUUCCUGCAUUGCAGGAGGUUGGACCAGAUGAUCCUCAGAGUCCCUUCCAACUCUAAAAUUCUAUGAUUCUAGAAAGGUAACAUUAAUGUCUGCUGCUCUACCAACUUUUGCUGCUGGCCCUGCCUCCCACAGGCCUGCAGCCCUCAGAAGGUUGCCCACAGGACAAUGUGCCCCCCAUAAGCUGAAAAGGGCUCCUCAUCCCUGUAAUAAAUAAUAGAAUCAUAGACUCAUGGAGUUGGAAGGUACCCUGAGGAUCAUGUAGUACAACCCCCUGCUGAACUAUCCAGGAAGUUAAAGAAGGUUGCAGUUGGCUCCCGGUAUGCUUCCAAGCACAAUUCAAAGUGUUGGUGCUGACCUUUAAAGCCCUAAAUGGCCUUGGUCCAGUAUACCUGAAGGAGCUUCUCCACCCCAUUGUUCAGCCUGGACACUGAUGUCCAGCUCUGAGAGCCUUCUGGCAGAUCCCUCACUGUGAGAAGUGAAGUUACAGGAAACCAGGCAGAGGGCAGUGGCACCGUCUCAUCAGAUGUCAAAGAAAUAAACAACUAUCUGAUGUUUAGAGGACAUCUGAAGGCAGCCCUGUUUAGGGAAGUUUUUAAUGUUAUAUGUUUUACUGUGUUUUUAAUAUUCUGUUAAAAACAGUGCCCAGAGUGGCUGGGGAAACCCAGCCAGAUGGGUGAGGUAUUCAACAAGUUGUUGUUGUUGUUGUUGUUGUUGUUGUUGUUGUUGUUGUUAGACUCUGAUAGUUUUAAUCUUCAUUAAGCAGGCAUAUUAAGUAUUUGGCCCUCACAACAGCCAUUAUUUCCUUUAGGGAACAAUAGUAAUAAAGGUUAGCUUCUGGCAUAUUUAUAACACAAAACAUUAAUGCUAAGAUUCUCAUUUGACUGUUUAUAACACUCAAAAGUCAACAUAUCAUUAGAAACGGGUGAUUGUGAAGCUUGGCUAGGCAGUCCAAAUCUUCCUCUUUCGUUCCUACACCCCACUUGAAUUUCACUUGCCAUAUUUGACCAUGCUGCUGCCAUUUAGCAUUGUGCUAGGCGCUCUGGAGAAUGUGUAAGUGGCACUGAUAGACGAGUUCAGAACUGAACAUCUACGCUAACUGGUUGCAAUCUAUGGAGCAGCAAACUCAGCAGAAGGCCGAACAUCUGCUGUUGCAUUUACAAAACUUCAUGCGAAUAUGUGUCCACCUGUUAGGUAAAUGGGAUACAGCAAGAGGCACAGGUGUAUGAUGUGCCUGGUGCAACUCUGGCCACUGAUUCUUUAUUUAUUAAGAUAUGCAUGGCACUUGAGUAUAAAAGCAAAUAAUUUUAAUGCGGUUUCCAAAAUGAGUAAAAGAAUGGAAUUAUCAGUAAAAAAGAGUGUUUAAAACAACUAUUUAAAACAUUUUUUGGAGGGGGUGACCCAGUGUGGUGUAGUGGUUAAGAGCGGUAGAUUCGUAAUCUGGGGAACCGGGUUCGUGUCUCCGCUCCUCCACAUGCAGCUGCUGGGUGAACUUGGGCUAGUCACACUUCUCUGAAGUGUCUCAGCCCCACUCACCUCACAGAGUGUUUGUUGUGGGGGAGGAAGGGAAAGGAGAAUGUUAGCUGCUUUGAGACUCCUUAAAGGGAGUGAGUGAAAGGCGGGAUAUCAAAUCCAAACUCUUCUUCUUCUUCUUCAAUAAACAAAAAACAACAACCCCACCCCAGAAUAAAACAUAUAUCGAUGUUCUACCUAUCUUGGUAGGCUUGCCUAAAUGAAACUGUUUUACCAGGCACUGACAAGAAUACAGAGAAGGCCCCUGGCUGUCCCCUAGUUACUUUCAAUUUAUAUGUACGCUUUUAUACUAAAGGUAAUCUCCAGGCACUUUCAUACCAGUAAUCCAACAUUGCACCCUUUAAUAAAUCUUCCCAAAAUCUAGUAAUAGUUACAGUGGCAGACAAUGGGCUCUCAAAUUUCUGUGUCACCCCGUGCAAUGCUAAAAAUUGGCACACACAAACCCCACCUCUCAUGCUCCCUUCUGCAUAGUUGUUGUGGCACCCCUUGCGGUUACUCGCGCCCAGGGCAGCCAGACCGGUGUGGCUCCCCUAAAACUGGCUAGUUGCUUUGGCUGCAAUUCUAUUAGUCCCACUGGCUCUUGUGGGACUUACUCCCAAGUAAACACCAUAGUAUUGUGCUGCAUGCACUUUCAAAUCCUUUCCCUGGCAGCAGCAGUGCACAAUACGGAUUCUGAGCACAAACUUCCUUUUGUUUGCUGUCCCUCUUCAGUCCACGGACUCCAUCCUCUCGCGGAAGAAAAGGGGGGACCCCGAUCCAAGGAAAGAUUCACCACCUGCUACAAGCCUCAAGAACUCAAGUGGGAUUCGAAGUUACUUCUGCCAAAGGAGCCUUGGCCUACUAAACCUGUUUCCUUCACAGUUAGUACAACACCCCAUAAUUCCCUUCCCUUCUCCGCAUCUUCUUCCACUGAGCUCAUAUUUGGAAUAGAAAUCUGUGGGUGUUCUGAAUGGUGUUUUUUUAAAAAAUUAAAAUAAAAUAAGGGCAUUGCUUUGCUGGAGUACUUGGGAGUUUCUGCAAAGCUGAUAGCUAGCCAAAUUCUAACCUAAGGUGAUAUAAUUAGAAGACAGGCUGUGGGUUGUUUUUUUAAAUGUCUGUCUCAUAUACAGGUUCUCACAGGUGGAAGAUAUUUGUAGGCCUGCUGCUAUUUAUAGUUUUGUUUGAAAACUGUAACUGUUUCUCUUGCAAAAUGCCAUGAAUGACAGUGUGUUGCUUCACGCCAUCAGAUAUGGGGAUACUUUGUAAAAAAAUAUAUAUUUUUUUAGAAAAAGCAAAAAUUACACUGUAGAACCUUGGGUACAUUGGCUACAUUGCAGGCUGAAAGGAACAGAUUCACCCAGUUUUCGAGGGAUCAGAAGCGACUUGGGCUUUAUGACAAAUUAUAGACUUUUCCGAAUGAGGCAUGAAUGACUCUUGUGUUGUUUUAAACGGAAACAAGCCAGAGCCAUUUCAGAAUGUGGGAGGCGUAAUUUUCCUGAGCUAGUCUUGGAGAUUCAAAUGCAUGUUGGCAAUUAGUGUAAUAGCAUGUGUAGAAUCUUGCCUACUGUUUAAUGUUGCUUGAGCUGCAAAUGCUCUUAAAUUAUAAGCACUAAUACAUGUGGAAGAAAAUUCCAUUGUAACCAGUAAGGUUUUCGUCUGAUCCCCUGCUAUAGAUACGCUAUAUUGGGGAUAAGGAACCUUUGACCCUUCAGAUGUUGUUAUACUACAAUUCCCAUAAUUCCUGAAUUUGGCCAUGUUGGCCAGGGCUGAUGGAAUCCAAAAACCUCUAGAUGACCACAGGUUCCUCACUGAUGCCCCAUAUGGAAUGGGGCACCUCCCUGACAUUGGGUGAGGAUGCCCGUAUGCACAUGCAAAGUUUUGGAUCGUAGCUAUGAAGAUAUCAGUUAAGAAUUUUUAGUCACUUUAGGGAAUAACAUACUAAGAUUAUGUUGUUUAUGGUGAAUGCUUGAAUUUGUUCCUGCUUUGUUUAGAUGCUACACAAAGUAGGUAUAAUCACAGAUGCAUGUAUUCAUGUGCCAGCAUUUGCUGGGCAGCACAGAACCCAACUUUCUGAUGCAGAACCUGGUUUAGCAACUUUUUAGAGCUACAUAGAAAAUAAUGGGCAGAUAUUUUUCUUGCAAAGCAGGGCCAGCCCACCUAUGAGGCAAGGGGAGGUGACUGCCUUGGGUGGCAGAAUUCACAGGGGCAACAGAUCUGGCCUCCAAGGCAUGCAUUGCCCACUGCGGUGCGCUCCUUGGAAGCUGGGUCUGCUGCCUCCUUGGUAGCACCCCCCAUGCCAACUCUAUAGUGGUCUCUUGGCUAAUAGGAUGUGCUGCUGGUCUCCUCCCUCCCCUAGGGAGGAAAUAGCAAGGGCUGCCUUCUGGAGUCUCCUAGGCUCUGCACCUGCCUAGUGCAGGCGUAGGCAAACUCGGCCCUCCAGAUGUUUUGGGACUACAGUUCCCAUCAUCCCUGACCACCGGUCCUGUUAGCUAGGGAUCAUGGGAGUUGUAGUCCCAAAACAUCUGGAAGACUGAGUUUGCCUGCGCCUGGCCUAGUGUGAUUCAGAUUGGGCCCCUCCGACCCACCAUGAUUCACUGCUGGUUAGGUGCCCUGUACAUUAUCCUGUCCCUCCUGUAAGUUCAGAUGUUUACUGCUGCCCCCAGCCUAUGCUUUCUGUUAUUUUAUUUGUUCCUCUCUCUUUUUGUUCUUCUGUGUUCAGCUUGAUUUUUUAAAUUUAAAAAACACAUGGCAUUUGUAGGCAUUGUGCGAAAUCAUAUCGCAGUACAAAUCUUGCCAGUCCUCUGUAUGGAUGAUUGGAUGAGGUGCUUCCUGUUGUUGUUGAAGGGACUUCAAUCGCUUGAAACGAAGCACACAUCAUGGAGGCUUUCAGGAACUUCGGCUUUGCCAAGAAACUGCACUGCAGGAAAAAUAGCGCCAAAACACAAACAUUGCCACCACUGUUACAUAAAUGGAUUGCUAACACCCCAGUAUGAACCAUGUCUGCUCUGAUGUAAACCCUGUUGAAUUCAGUGGGGCUUUUCCCCAGGCAAAUGGAGGAUGACAGGGAUGGUGUAGAGCUAGUUUGCUCGCACCUACUCCCCCCAAACCCCUUGCAUGUUCAUGUCAGCCAUGUACUGAAUGCCUGAAGGAGCGUCUACACCCCCAUCACUCAGCCCGGACACUGAGGUCCUCCUCUAAGGGUCUUCCCUCACUGCGAGAAGUGAAGUUACAGGGAACCAGGCAGAGGGUCUUCUCAGUAGUGGCGUCCUCCCUGUGAAACACCCUCCCCUCAGAUGUCAAGGAGAUAAAGAAUUUAGCAACUUGUAGAAGACAUCAGAAGGCAGCCCUGUAUAGGGAGGUUUUUUAAUGAUUGAUGUUUUUAUUAUGUUUUUAGAUAUGCUGCAAGCCACCCAGAGUGGCUGGGGAAUCCCAGCAAGAUGGGCAGGGUAUAAAUAAUAAAACAACUGUUGUUGUUGUUGUUGUUGUUGUUGUUGUUGUUAGGCUGCUUAUAUCUGCUGAGGCCAGUGCUCCUCACAGGCAACCACAGAUAUGUGAGGAGACAGGCCUGCUGGGGAAAGUUUUUUGACAGGCUCUCAUCAUAUUUGGCAACUGUGAAGCACUAGCAUUAAAAACACUUGAAACAGGCUGAGUACACAUCCUCACUAGUAAAUGGGUGUCUGUAUGAUAUUCAAUUUGGAUGGGUAUUCAAUUAUUGCAGCUAAAGCCUUUUUUGCCAGUAAAUGUUAUGUAUCUUCCCUUCAGGCUAUGCUUAUGUUAUAAAGCCUAGCUGCAAAGCAAGGCCCUUUUGUUUUAAGAUGUUUGAUAUCUGUGAAUCCCCUUUUGGUUAAAACCAUGCCCGUCAGUAGUUUUCUUAUAUUGUUUUAAUGAUUUUGUCUUCAGAGGCACAGAAGCCAACGAGCUGCACACAGUGCCUUUCUGGAACGUGUAGAAGAAACACUAAGCCAGCUGUGGUUGAAAGAGGUAAGUUGCCUUCAGGAAAUCUAGCAACUCGGUUUUAAACCAGUUUAUUCCCCUCUAAGGAACUCCUAUGGUAUAAAGUACAGAGAAUAUGUAGACAACUCCUAACAGUUCCAUUCAACACACAGAGAGCCACAGGUUCCCCACAUGAGGGGAGGAACUGAAGGAAAGUUGGAUAGAAGUUGUUGUGGUGUCUAGUUGUCCUCAGGACUGUUGGGGAGGAAGGCUGGUAGACCAGCAGCAGGUAGAGUCAGAGCCAGUGACAGGCAGUGCCACCUCCUGAUUGCUUCUAAGUAAGAAGACAGGCGGAUGGGGGCUGACUGAGGACAGACUGACCCUAAUGGACUCACCUAACUUGCCCAAAUGGACCAGCCUCCACUGAGAAGAAGUGAGCAACGUGCUCCAGGAACACACUUGCAGCCUUCAUAAAGGUGAAGGUAAAGGGACCCCUGACCAUUAGGUCCAGUCGUGACCGACUCUGGGGUUGCGGCGCUCAUCUCGCUUUACUGGCCGAGGGAGCCAGCGUACAGCUUCCGGGUCAUGUGGCCAGCAUGACUAAGCCACUUCUGGCGAACCAGAGCAGUGCACGGAAACGCCGUUUACCUUCCCACCGGAGUAGUACCUAUUGAUCUACUUGCACUUUGACAUGCUUUCAAACUGCUAAGUUGGCAGAAGCAGGGAGCGAACAACGGGAGCUCACCCCAUUGUGGGGAUUCGAACCACUGACCUUCUGAUCGGCAAGUCCUAGGCUCUGUGGUUUAACCCACAGCGCCACUCGCGUCCCCCUGCAGCCUUCAUGGGUCACGUAAAUAAGGACAUAUGGAGAGCCCUCUGCAUCGUGCCAGAGGCCCAUCUAGUCCAUCUUCCUGUUCUCACAGUGGCCUUAUAGGAAUCUGGCAAGCCAGAACUGAGCACAUGAGAACUUCCUCUUCCUGUGGUUUCCAUUCAGAAGCAUUACUGCCUCCAGCUGUGGAGGAAGAGGAACAAGCAUUGCAGCUGGUUGGUAGCCAUUUCCUCCAUGAAUGUGUCUGUUCCUCUUUUAAAUCCUUCCAAGUUGGUGGCCACCACUGCCUCUUGUGGCAAUGAGUUCCACAGCUGAACUGCGCUCUGUGUGAAGCAGUGUAGCCUUUUAUAUGUCCUCAAUCUGCCCAAAUGUUUGCUUCAUCGAAUGCCCGUGAGUUAUAGCGUUGUGUGUGUGAGAGAGAACGAAAUUAGGCAGGCUUUCUAGAUAUGGAUGUUGACCUUUUGUGACAUUUCCUCCCUGCUUUCCAGGCAGCCCAGAAGCAGGCCCAGGACAGAAGAAAAGCUGCAUCUAGUCUGAGGCAGAAAACGCCAAGCACAGCUGUUUCCACUGAGAGCGAUAUUGAGAUGCAGCAACAGGCCGGCAGGCAGCAGGAAAAAAGCCUGCAAAAAGGACGGCUCUCUCAGCCACCACCUAUGGCAACACUGGGGUGGCAACUGUCAAUGCAUAUAAAACCAGAACCUCUGGGCUUCUUGUUGCCAAGUGGCGUUGCCCAGAGUGUCGAGGAACUGAGGUGCAAAUAAUGAGGGGGAGACCACAGAACACUCUGCAAACACCUGGAUUGUAUUAUGCUCAUUGCUGCUAUUCUAGUGCCAGUAGGGUUCUGUAUUGCAGGAGGAUAAAUCUCAUCCUCUCUUUAGCACAGUGAAUG